GGUGAUGAGCAGAGUAUAGAGGACAUUCCUACAGAUAACCGCCCAGAUGACUGUACCAGGAACUUAGAGAAACAUGUGGUAUCAUCAGAUUUUGAAGUAGAUGAUUGUGGUAUCACACGAGAUACAUUUGAACAGCAUGCCAAUAUGCAAGAUAUACCCUCAUCCAAUCAGGUCCGAUCUUCUGAUUCAUCACAGACUGUAACACAGAAUAAAGGUCACAGAAGAGGUGCUAAACAUCAAACCGGUCACAUAAGAGGGAAGCCAUUUUCAUGUUCAGAAUGUGGGAAAUGUUUUAAUAUGAAAUCAGAACUUGUUAUACAUCAGAGAAGUCACACAGGAGAGAAGCCAUUUUCAUGUUCAGAAUGUGGGAAAUGUUUUCACAAAAAAUCAGCUCUUGGUAAACAUCAGAAAAUUCACACAGGGGAGAAGCCAUUUUCAUGUUCCGAAUGUGGGAAAUGUUUUUACCUUAAAUCAAAUCUUUAUUCACAUCAGAGAAUUCACACAGGGGAGAAGCCAUUUUCAUGUUCAGAAUGUGGGACAUUUUUUAAGCAUAAAGCACAUCUUGUUAGACAUCAGAGAAAGCACACAGGAGAAAAGCCAUUUUCAUGUUCAGAAUGUGGGAAAUGUUUUAGCCGCAAAUUAGGUCUUGUUAUGCAUCAGAGACAUCACACAGGAGAGAUGCCAUUUGCAUGUUCAGAAUGUGGGAAAUGUUUUAACCGUAAAUCAGAUCUUGAGACACAUCAGAAAUUUCACACAGGGGAGAAGCCAUUUUCAUGUUCAGAAUGUGGGAAAUGUUUUCACAAUAAAUCAGAUGUUGUUAGACAUCAGAGAAUUCACACAGGGGAGAAGCCAUUUUCAUGUUCAGAAUGUGGGAAAUGUUUUAAUCAGAAAUCGUCUCUUGUUUUGCAUCUGAGAAUUCACACAGGAGAGAAGCCAUUUUCAUGUUCAGAAUGUGAGAAAUGUUUUAAUAUGAAAUCAGAACUUGUUAUACAUCAGAGAAAUCACACAGGAGAGAAGCCAUUUUCAUGUUCAGAAUGUGGGAAAUGUUUUCACAAUAAAUCAGUUUUUGUUAAACAUCAGAAUAUUCACACAGGGGAGAAGCCAUUUUCAUGUUCAGAAUGUGGGAAAUGUUUUAACCGUAAAUCAAAUCUUGAUGCACAUCAGAGAAUUCACACAGGGGAGAAGCCAUUUUCAUGUUCAGAAUGUGGGAAAUGUUUUCACAAAAAAUCAGUUCUUAUUAUACAUCAGAGAAAUCACACAGGGGAGAAGCAAUUUUCAUGUUCAGAAUGUGAGAAAAGUUUCAACCAUAAAUCAUCUCUUUUUAAACAUAAAAAAAAACACAUAUAAGAGAAGCCAUCUUCAUGCUUAGCCCGUUCGUGACCUCCCUUAUGUGUUUUUAUGGUGUUCACCAACUAGCUUUAUUUCUUCAGAUACACUUUUUUUUUUUUUUUUUUUUACAGGGAGAUAAAACCGUGCCAAAGGUAGCUGAGUGCUUGGCGCGAUGAUUGGGACCGCUGUGAGAGCUCCCCAAACAAACAUAGUCUCCUGUAUUGAAUGAAUAUUGGUAAUCAAAGGACAGAUCCAGUUACAAGUGAAACUAAGUUAUUAGAUUUUUUUAUAUAUCUCCUCGAAACACAAUUGUUUAGUGAGAGAAAAAAAAUAAAAAACUGUUUCCCACCCUGCCUGUGAUCGGUAUAGGGACCCUCCAUUCCUGUUAAACUGCAAAUACAGGGGCUUAUAUGUGAAAGUCCAAAAAAUUGAGCUGGAUUCCCACAAGAGCUGGUGUCCAGACAUGUGGAAAAAGGGGUGUCAUUCACACUUGUAAAUGGCCAGUUAUUUGCAGUCAAGUAGAAUGACCGAUAGGAUGUAACAUAGUUUAUAAGGUGGAAAAAAGACAUCUGUCCAUCCAGUUCGGCCUGUUAUCCUGCAGGUUGAUCAA